AGACCAAAAUCCCUUUCCUUCGUCACAUUUUGUUUUCCUCGGCGCAAAUCGGUCGCAUCCCUCAGCAUGGCGAGAGUAGAUCAAGACUUGGAGACUUUUGAUGUCAUCGUUGUCGGUGCCGGUUGGUACGGCCUGAUGGCUGCUCGCACUUAUCUGGAGUUGGCUCCCGAGACCAAUCUCCUGAUCGUGGAUGACAGCGGCACAGUCGGUGGUGUCUGGUCGAAGGAGCGCAUCUACCCCAGUCUCUUUGCCCAGAUCAGCCACCCGCUGUUCGAGUAUUCCUUUUAUCCGAUGUCCAAAGAGGACAUAUCGCCUGAUGGGUUUGUUUCUGGAAAGACAAUCCACAACUACCUCGACAGCUUUGCCAAGGACCACGACCUGGUGUCCCGCCUGCGUCUCAAGACACGCGUAGAAAAGGUCAGGAGAGGGCAAUCCGGCUCGGAUGGAUGGAUACUUGACAUCAAAGGAGGGAACUCCUUGUCAUGCGACAAGCUCAUCUACGCCACAGGCGCCAACUCUAGCCCCAUCAUUCCCAAGUGGCCGAGGGGGGGUUUUGAGAAGCCUGUCAUCCACUCUCUGGAGCUCGGGACGCACCAAGACUACAUAGCCAACAAUGUGCGAAGCGCCACUGUCGUCGGCCGCUCCAAGUCGUCCUACGACGCCGUCUACCAUCUGUUGUGCGAGGGGAAGAAGGUUGACUGGGUCAUGCGGGACGGUCUGUCCGGACCCUUCAGUCUCUAUGCCCCGACGUUCUUGGGGUUGUGGAACAUUGCCGACCACAUUUCGACGCGCUUCGCCUCGAGCUUCAGCCCGUGCAUCAUGUCGACAUCUGGUUUCUGUUACAACUUUUUCCAACGCAACGCCGUGGGGCGCAUUGUGACAAAUCUGUACUGGCGGACGGCCAACUACCUCUCGGUAUCGCACGCAGAGUACUGGAGAACCCCGAAUGCGGAGAAACUGCGUCCGAGACCUUAUAGCGACGGAGUAUGCUGGGGAAGCGGUGGUAUCGGCAUCGCCACUGCCCCUGACUUUUGGAAGGUUUUCCACGGCGGGGACGUUACGAUCCAUUCGACCGAGAUCGAGAGCCUCUCCCACCAGGAUGUUGUAAACCUGAAGAACGGGUACGCCGUGGCGACCGACAUUGUGAUCCACUGUACCGGAUUCGAUAAGGGGUAUAGUACGUUUGGUCCUGAGCUCCGAGAGGAACUCGGCCUGGAAUACGACACGAAGAAGUUUUCCCGGUGGACGAUGCUCGACGAGAAGGCCAACAGAACGGUCGAUGAGCUCCUCCCGUAUCUCAGGACUGCCCCCGAGCAGUACGGUGACGCUGAUGCCAGCUCAAGAGCGGAGCAGGGUCCCAAUCGGCACUUCCGGCGGCUUGUCGUUCCUGAGCUGGCGGCACGAGGCGACCGAUCAAUCCUCUUCCCCGGCCACAUCCACUCGGCGUUCACGCCACUCGCGGCGGAGCUUCAGGCCCUCUGGGGCGUUUCGUGGAUGCUCGGAUGGCGCGACCUCCCAAGCAAAGAAGAGAUGGAGUUUGAAGCAGCGACAUUCAACGCGUGGACCAGAAAGAGGUACCUCGAGCAGGGCAGGAAGCACUCGUACUUCAUAUACGACUACAUUCCGUAUAUCGACACGCUCAUGAAGGAUCUGGGCCUCAACCCCUUCCGUAAGAGCAGUGUCUUUGAAGAGUGGUUUGUCAGGUACAAGCCAAGCGACUACCGUACCAUUCUUGAUGAAUAUCGUAGCAUCCGACGUCAUCAGUUGGAAGCGCGGCCCCUGGAUGGUCACGCCAAGGCAUCAGGUCAGGGCACCACGGGGGCAAACGGGCAUUCAGUCGGGCCAAACUGAGCAUCGCUGGGUUGAAGCUUGGGACAAGGCCGAGGGCAUCAAGAUGAAAAUAGCGGCCUUGACAUUGGAAUAUGCCGUAGCAGAAAAUCACUAGAUGGUUUAUUUUAUUUUAUUGUAUGACUGAAAAGAACCAUUCUUUGGCAUUCAUUGUCAACGAUUGCCACAUAUUGCCAACCCAAUGUGUACAGGAGACCUUCUAAACAACAAGAUAUUACAACAUACUUUGAUACGUGUGUGAAUCAGCUGUUUUACAGCUGGAUUCUUUUGUCUAGAUCAUCCACUGUCAUUAGGUAGGUAG